GGUGAGUAUACGAGGGUGAAAAAAAGUGACGUAAGGGGUGGGAUACAAACCCCUGCUAAUAAUAUUACAACUGCUGUAUUUAGCUGACCCUUCAACCUUGUCAACUCUCUACACCUUAUCAUUAACAACCCUAAGCUGAAUUUUCCACCAUCAUUUCCAGUUUUCCCCUCGCCAUUCUGUUUACCUUCUUAGAAACUGACAGAUCCAUGGCGGUGGGAUGCCGGAAGAGCUUGCUUUACUGCUUCAUCAUGGUGGUGGUUCUUACCGGAAAAGGAAAAGGUCAACUGGUUCAGAAUUUCUAUGCUUCCACCUGUCCAAUGGCGGAAGCCCUCAUAAAACAGGCGGUUACCACCAAGUUCAGCCAGACUUUCACCACCAUUCCGGCCACCCUUCGUCUCUUUUUCCAUGACUGCUUCGUUGAGGGUUGUGAUGCUUCCAUUAUGAUCGCAUCGCCAAAUGGAGAUGCCGAAAAGGAUGCACAAGAUAAUUUGUCGCUCGCUGGUGACGGGUUUGAUACCAUUAUCAAAGCUAAGCAAGCGGUUGAGUCCGUUUGCCCUGGUGUUGUGUCGUGUGCUGACGUUUUGACCAUCGCCACCCGAGAUGUCGUGAGCCUGGCCGGGGGACCUUUGUAUGAUGUGGAAUUAGGAAGGCGAGAUGGGCUUAUUUCACAGGCGUCACGGGUUGCCGGAAACCUACCGGAGCCGUUCUUCAAUCUCGAUCAACUUAACUCCAUGUUUGCACGACACAACCUAACGGAGAUUGAUAUGAUCGCGCUUUCCGGAGCCCACACGCUCGGAUUCUCCCACUGCAAUCGCUUUGCUAACCGUCUCUACUCGUUUUCAUCAGCCGCUGCGGUUGACCCAUCUUUAGAUCCAACCUAUGCUCAAGAAUUGAUGGACGCAUGCCCUCGAAACGUGGACCUAAGUAUAGCCGUAAAUAUGGAUCCGGAAACUCCGACCACCUUUGAUAAUGUUUAUUACCGGAACCUACUAGCCGGCAAGGGUUUGUUUACAUCGGAUCAAGUUCUCUUCACGGACUCAUCAUCCCAACCGACGGUCAAUGACUUCGCCAACAACCCACAAGAUUUUAACUCCGCCUUUAUAACUGCGAUGAGGAAGCUCGGGCAAACGGGUGUCAAAACGGGAAACCAAGGCGAGAUAAGGAGGGACUGCACAACCUUUAAUUAACGUAACUUAUUAUACUACAACAAAAUUUGUUUUAUACGAUUCCAAAUGUGUAUAAAUACAUAGGACUCGAGUUUACGGGUGUAAACAAACAUGUGUCUUAUGUAAAUGUGUUAUAAUAAGUUGAUUACAGAACACUUUUAAAU